CCUCGUUAACCUGACAGACUGCGGUCUGCCUCCGCUCAGCCAGUAAAGAGGCACGACAUCUUAAUGAGACAGAAAGAGCAGAGACGUGCCAAGCGCUGGGACGACUCAAACCUAUGCGGGAUUGAGCACAAGAAUGCAAAAGAAAAGUGGGGUUCGACAGAUGAGUUAAUGCCGGAUAAACUUCAUAUUUGCUGGACAGUUUCUGUUGUUCGGGACUUUGAAUUGAGUAAUGUCUAAUGGGCGGACAUGCACUUGGAUUGUUGGUGAUAACAAACGGGACUGCUACAAGAGAACUCAUUGAGUGUCUCCAUCAUUAUUUCACAAGGAAGUUAAAAGAAACAACAGCAAAGUGUUUCACUCGUGACACUGACCUUGGCAGUCCUCGCCUGUGAAUCUGCACAUUUCAACGAGCGAACCAGAGAAAGAUGCAUUUGGGCAAAGCUUUACUGUUUGUCCUCUUCCUCAACUGCGCGACUUUGAGCUCGUCUCUGUCAACUUGUGCCACCGUGGACAUCGACCAUGUGAAAAGGAAGAGGGUCGAGGCGAUACGAGGUCAGAUUUUGAGCAAACUCCGACUGACAAGUCCUCCGCACUCUCUCGGACCGAGUAAAAUCCCGUAUCAAAUCCAAGCGUUGUAUAACAGCACCAAGGAGCUACUGGAGGAGCUCAGGAGGGAUCGGGAGCAGAGCUGCGGCCAGGACAACACAGAGACCGAGUACUAUGCCAAAGAAAUAUACAAAUUCAACAUGGUCUACGGACCGCCAGAAAGCAACGAUCUGCUCUACUGCCCAAAAGGCAUCACUUCUAAGGUUUUCCGCUUCAACGUCGCCACCAUGGAGAGGAACGCAACCAACCUCUUCAGAGCAGAGUUUCGAGCUCUGAGGGUGCCAAACUCGAGCUCCAAGAGGAAUGAACAGCGGAUUGAGCUCUACCAGAUUGUGAGGCUAAACGAACACAUUAGGAAACAACGCUACCUUUCAGCCAAGAACGUGCUGACCAAAGGUACUUCAGAGUGGGUCUCCUUCGAUGUGACUGAAACAGUGCGGGAAUGGCUGAUGAACAGAGGAAGUAAUCUGGGUUUGGAAAUCAGUGUGCACUGCCCCUGCCACACAUUCAAAUCAAACGGUGACAUCAUUGACAAUGAGAAUGAGGUGCUGGAGGUGAAGUUCAAAGGUUUGGAUGGAGAUGACGAGCACAGCCGCUUGGAUCUGGAUCAUCUGAAGAAGAGAAAGGACCAGUACGCGCCUCACCUCAUCCUCAUGAUGAUCCCGCCCCACCGCCUGGACACUCAGUCCACUCGGCGACGCAAGAGAGAGCUGGACACUAACUACUGUUUCUCAAACACGGAGGAGAGCUGCUGCGUUCGCCGGCUACACAUCGAUUUCCGCCGUGACUUGGACUGGAAGUGGAUCCAUGAGCCCAGUGGUUACGAUGCCAACUACUGCUCCGGGCCCUGCCCUUACCUGAGGAGCUCGGACACGACACACAGCUCGCUGCUGAGCCUGUACAACACUCUGAAUCCGGAGGCAUCGGCCUCCCCCUGCUGUGUCCCUAAAGACCUGGAGCCCCUCACGAUACUCUACUACUCUGGACGGACCCCUGUCGUGGAGCAGCUCUCCAACAUGAUCGUCAAGUCUUGCAAGUGCAGCUGAGAAGACGCGAAAGUCGAGGUAGCGCGGCAGGAUUUUACUAGGUACUGACGAAAAACCCACGCUUGAUGACUUCUGGACUCUUAGCUGUGACAAAUACUUUCCCUCACUCUGUGGUAGAUCUGAACAUCACUCUGGAGGUCACACACUUUUGUUAAGGAUGCAGAUUUUUCCUAAAAACUAGAGCCCUUUCCCCCUCCCCCCCACACUGGAUGAUAAGUAGAUAUUUUCAUCUUAAAAAAGUUCAAACCGAAACAUCAUCGUGCAACCAAAGCAUGUGUUCGUGAAAUAUUUCCCUUUAGAUUUCUGAAGCUGGAUAACACACUCGAUUGCAGAGAGCCCAAAUGUGAACUGUGCAAACGAAUCGGGAAGUACAACGAAUGAAAAAAGACUUAUUCUGAGGUUUAUUUUCUGCUUCAGAGUUUGAGCAAAUAUGCCACAAAACUCUAAUCUCCCGACUACCAGUAAGCAGCUUUCCUGUCUCUAGUGGGGCGACAUUGUCAAUAGUCACAAAUAUAGACUGUGCGCUACUGAACAAUCCGAGGGUCCUUCCAGGCUGGAUUGUAUACCUUCUUCUUGCCUGAGGUUCCCGUCCCUUCAAACAAUGGACACUAUCUUCAAACACAAAAGGAGAAAGAACAGACUUGCUACUGUAUCCAAAGCCAUAGCUGUGGUCAGAGAAAAGGAGGGCGGGCCGCCGGUUUUGCAAUGGAAAGUGAAGGAACAAAGAAGUUGAGCCAAGCUUCUCCUUCUUUGGCCAGCCAGUAGUAGCCUAAUGGCCUUCUUUUCUUUUUUGUAUCUGCGGUGCAUCAAUUAGAAUAGAUGGAAGAAGAAGAAGCAGAAGCAGAAGCAGAUGAAGCAGAAGAAGAAGAAGAAGAAGAGGGGACUUUUAUGAAAGCGAAGAACUGUGGUGGAUACAAGCCAUGAGCACACUGCCAUUCACUGGAAGUUCUCAUCUCUAAUAGGUACAAAUUAUUUAUGGACAUCAAAGAAUAUACUGGAAAAGAACAUGUGUGACGCAACAGGUUUUUUUUAUGGGACUUAUUUUACAUGAAUUGCAGAUUUGGUCUGUUAUGCAACUUGUCAUGUAGCGAUUGUUUCAUUAACUGGGACAGAAAUCAACAUUAUCUCCAUCGGUGGAAACACUUUCAUAUUAAACUAAGGGUACUGUUACAUUCUGGGUCAUUUUUGUCCGUGUACUAAUUAGUUUGACCUGUUGUAUGUGAUGCAGUAUAUGUUUGACUUAAGUCUUAUUGAAUUAAAAGGGGACUUUCCCAAGAGAGUUUAACCAGAGCACUUUUCACUCCAGCAAUAAGAGCACAUGUCGUGUCAUUUGAAAUGCAGUGUGCUCUUUUUCUCUCCUAUCAACUCACCCACCACUCCAGCCAGCUGACGAGGAAUCGCGGGUGUAGUUCCCAAAAACACUGCAGUCUUUCAUUCCCUCUGCUUCGUCUCUGUUUGUUUUGGUGCUCCUUUACAGUGUAAAGCCCCGAUGGAACAAAAAAAAUGAAAAGGGAGGGGAAAAAGUCAUUACAUGACAGUGGCUGGAUGUACAGUUAGACCUCAUUUUACUCAGUCAGGAGAGCAAAUCUUUUACAUUUAGAUUAUGUUUUUUUUUGCAGUAAUAUUGUUUGAUUGACUUGUUGUUUGUGAUUGUUAUUAAAAAUUCAACAUGUAAAAUCA